AUGUCGAUUCCAGACAAAUCUCUAUUCAACAAAUUCAAAGAGAUGGAGCAGAAUCAGGCUAUCAGGAGUAAAGAUAACGUCUAUUCAAAAGACUUUGAACCAAAGAAAUUAGACAAGGACAGCAGUGAGUACGGACGCCCGAAACCUGGUACAUUGACAGAGCAAAGAGCCAAAAAAGCAGCGGCACAUGUUCACAGAGAAAUGCUGACACUGUGUGAAGUUCUGGAGGAUUACGGUAAGAAAGACAAGGAAGGAGAGCCAACCAGAAUCACUUUCGGAAGACUUUUCACAAUCUAUGUUAAUAUUUCUGAUAAGGUAGUGGGAACACUUCUCCGUGCCCGUAAACACAAAAUGGUGGAUUUCGAAGGAGAAAUGUUAUUCCAAAAGAGAGAUGAUCAUGUUGUAAUCACACUUCUUCUCGAGGGAACAGAAUUAAAAGAAGCUAUUCGUGCACACGCAGCAGCUAAUCCAAAGGAUUGA